AUGGGAGGAGGUAUCUACGGCUUGCUUGGUGGUAUACUCUUAGCCUCAGCAUUAACAUACCAGACAGGAGAAUAUAUAACAAAGAAUCAAAGAUUUGUCUCUGGCCAAUUGAGAGCGUCCAAUCGUAUCAUAAAGAAUAGAAUUUUAUCGGAUAAGGAUAUUUUGAAAGAGAAUGAGCCAUUGGAUAAAUCUAUAAAUGUUACUAGUCGAGUCAGCGUGUUGGAAACAAGUAAAGAUAUUUGGAAUGCUGAAGUAAUCGGUAUGGUCAAUUGGUUGUAUUCUAUUAACUGGUACCAAUGGGGAAUGUACACUGAUGAAAAAGUACACGAAUGGGUUGAUAAAGUAGCCCAUUCCAUUAGCGAAAAGAAAUAG